AUGUUCAAGCCUACAUCGGCCCUCUUUUCGGGUCUUCUUUGGAAAACUCCAUGGCGCAUCUCACAACCCCAGAAAGCCCGCCAACGUAAGCGCUUACGCUCCGUCGACCGUGUCGUCGAUACCCUCAGCGCCGCCCUGCAACGGAACGGACAGAGCACGAAGGCCGUUGAGCGGUGGUAUGCUGAGAUGCCCCGUGAGGAGGAAAUGGUGCCCAAGGAUAAGUAUACGAUCUUCGACAAGAAGGAGAAGACGUACCGGAAGGGAAUUCACAAACUGCCGAAGUGGACACGAGUGAGCCAGCGAGUCAACCCUCCGGGUUUCUAA